AUGGCGCCGUCCGAGCAGAGCCGGCUCGCUGUUGCCGCGCAGACCGAGGGCGGCGACGAGCGCACAGCGCGGAGGCUGCUGAAGCCGAGGAGGCGCGCGCAGAUCGAGGUAUGGCUGGACGAGGCCAUACGCACACGGGAGGAUCAGUACUGCGGUGCCGGCAGGAUGUGCGGCCACCGUUCGGAUGCGCUCGCAUUGCCAGGCGCCGACCAGACCGGUGGUGGCUCGCGCUCGAUUUCCUCAGAUGUCUGCCCAGUCUGCGGUCGGUCCUGUGAGGACGAGGAGCCUGUCACCACCAAUCAGACAGAAAAAGAAAACCGACUAGAAGAGCAGCCACGGCCGGGCGGGAGCAAGCUAGGCAAAGGCAAGCACAUGCUUCGCGGGAUCAAGACGGCCAUGGGCCACCUCAAGGCCAGGGACGGCAGCAAGAGCGAGGAGGAGGGGUUGGGCCGGGCAGUGUCGACGCAGAUGUUCGUCGCAGAGGCCAGCGAGUACGGAAGCUCCAUCUGCUCUGCAUUCAGUUCCAGCCUUUCGAACAUGGGCGGCGGCGACAACAACAAGGCGCUGGAUGAGCGGAUGGCGCGCUUGAGGAGGGCGCAGAAGUUACUGGACAAGAGUCAGGUCAAGCGUUGA